AUGACCUUAAAACCUCCCAAUUUCUCACCGACCUUCGAUGUUGUUAAUCAGGACUUCUCCGUUGCAGGUUUUGAUGCCCACCCCACACAUGAUCUAUUCCAGAAGGUGAAGAGUCUGGCAGAAGCUGUGAGGUCCGCCAAAGUUCAGGACGCGUUGCGUGCUGCCAAAGAGAGCGAGGAGGUGGAUAAAAGUGACCUCGGGAUGGGGGUCGGGUCACGUCCGCCAUCACCCGUUGGCUCGCCGCAACCUUAUGUCCCGCCUCCAGCACGUUCCUCUUCAUUAUUUUCUCCUCCAGAGGAUGAUCCACCGCCACUCCGAGCUGAAUCGUUGGUCGGAUACAUUCGCUCGUUUAACAAAGGCUCGCUGCCCGAAUUCAAGCAACCACCAGUCCCACCGAUUCCAGGUAUUGAGCAAAUCCCGGUGCCUACGUGCAACCUUGCAAUAUGGUCUCGAAUAAAACGAUCUGUGGAUUUUGUGAAUAGUAGGAAUUUACUGAGCAUCGCAGACCAGAGCACAAAACUGAGCAUCCCGGUGAUCCUGCGUUUCACGAUAGCAGACGUCCUAACUGCAUAUGUAUCUCUCAUAUUCGAGAAGGAGGAAGAUCCGCUCGUGAUAGAAAAGGCGACCGCGUUCGGUCCGAGAGAGAGGAAAUUUCCACACGAACAAUCAGAUUACCAGGUUUAUCAAGUUCUUUCACAGCACCUUGCUAAGAUGCUGCAGUCGCACCCGCUCGUACCGCUGCAGACGUUGAUGCAAGCUCUUGUAUCGUACCGAACCUUGUUCGUAGAUCAGUGCACUAGUUGCCAACGUGUACUGUCCCUUGAGGGACACAUUCCCCCUGUUGGCAGGAUAUGGAUACCCAAGGACGGCUCAUUCUCGAAUUCUAGUUCGAAUCACGAUAAUGCGGGAAGAAACAAGGGACAAGCGGAGUCGGGUGUGUCCACACCCGGAGCGAUGGAGGUCGUUUCUGGAAAAGAGACAAUGGAUCAUCUCUCUAUGGACCGCUGGGAGCCACGUCAUGUUACUUGUCUGUACAGCUAG